AUGUCCGAGAAAGACAUAGAGUUACUCGAUAAUGUUGAGCUACGGUUUGCACUGGCCGAAACUGAUCAACAGCUUGAAAAGAACCUGGAUAUUUUUCUUGGCCCCGUCCUAUUAAAAUUAGAAAGCCAAAACGAGUCAGUACGGGAGAAGGUUAUGAGCAUCUUAAUCCAUCUUAAUAAGAGAAUUCGCCCAAAACAGAGCAUCAAGCUUCCGCUAGAAUCAUUAAUGACUUUAUUCUGUACCAACGAUGUUACCUCCUCACCGUUUGUUAAGAAUCUUGCACUUGUAUACAUAGACAUGGCUUUCCAGAGGUUGACUGAAGAGGAAAUGAUUAGUAAUUUGCCAAGGUUGAUUGCUGGAAUUGCUAACAGGACACCCCAGCAGAAACAAACUCUGAUUCACAUAAUGUUACCUGUGCUACCAAAAUUAAAACGGCAACAUCUUGAAUCAACUAACCCAUACGGAUUUAAAGAACGUCCAGCCGAUGCCAAAUUCCUUCUCGAUAAAUUUCUUGACAUAAUAUUAUACAGCCCAUCUUCACAAUCAAGGACGCAACAAGAUCAGGCGAAUGAUGUGCCGGAGAGUACAACUGUUCCACCAGGUUUAAGUCAACUAGCGGUGAAAUUUGUCACAAAUGAUGGGAAAGCAGUUUGGGCUUCAGAAAUCGCGACCAUCAAACCUAUUAAACUUGGCAUUCUGCAAUUUGUUACUUCUCAAAAUAUCAUGCCGGAUUCGUUGGGCGAGACUAUUCUUCUUGUCAAAUUUUUGCUCUUUUUAUCAGCAAGUUGCGAUCUGGCUCAUGAAAUAGUUGGUGCCGGAGAGAACGGACUAAAGAAGAUCAACAAGCCUGAUUUAGAGAGUAAAAUGGUCGUCGAUCAGCUGUAUUUUUUUUAUCAAGGCAGUAAUAAGCCAUCUAAUGCCGCGUUAGUUCAAGCACAGAAAGAGACACUACGCGAGGCAGCAUCAGCGUCUCUAAAGUACAAAAUAAUGGGCUAUCUCUGCAAGUCUCGAUUAGCAACUAGCACUUUUCCUGCAAUGUUGGCAGUAUCGUUUGAUUGUUUGUUUGGGCCUGCAACAAAUGCAAAAUUACAAAAUCAGGGAAUGGCCUUUGUUCAAUGGGUUGCUCGGAUGGCGGACAUCUCUCGACUAAAACCCGUUGCGCCUGUGCUGUUAUCCGGAUUAUUGAAAUGUAUCAAGCUGGCCGACAAUGAUAAAGAUUCUCUAAAAGGUUUUGCAUACAUCGCUGUGAGUCUAUUGGCUAAGAGAGUACCCGAACUAGUGCGUAAAGAUCUUUCCAUACUUGCGUCAUUCUUUGCUGCGAUGUCGACCGAACCUCCAAGUGUCCGAGCCUCUAUUCAAGAAGCUCUCUCAACCAUGGUUGAUGCCUUUAAAGAUUCAGAUAAAUGGGCUAGCGAAAAGGAUAUUCGGACUAUUGAAACAAUAAUUGAGGAAAACAUUAACAAGAUUGGACACCAGUCUCGUUACUGCGCAGUCAAAUACGCGGUUGUUCUUUUUCCCUUUUCACAUGUCCUUUCUCGUUAUAUAUGCCUUCUAACGUCUACAGACGACAAGCUUGAAGUGCGCGAGAUGGCAGCCAGCGGGCUUGCGUUUCCAGAUCUGCAUUCACCGAAGCUUUAUCCAAAUGACACCAACGAGGAAUUACAGCUUCCUUCUUUUAAUGAGCUUGUGAGCUUUAUUGAUGCAAAGGCGGACGAAAGACGAGAACAACAUUUGAACAUAAUACAAACAAGCUCUACAGGAAAAAGAUACGUCAUGACAUACGAUAGCGAAGUCUACAUGAACAUGUUACGUUUCUUGAGACGUGUCCUGAUUUUGACUGCAGAUCCAACCGCUAUCCUUGGCCAAUUGGGAGAUGAAUUUAAUGGAGAGGACAAGAUAACAGAUUCGAGAAUAAGGACGUCGGUGAAAGAGUGGAUUCGGAAGCAAUGGAUGGAACAACAAACAGAUGAUGACGAUAUUAUGAACGUAGAUGAGACGCCGCAACAAAGCGGCUUGAGACUAUAUUUACGGUUAAUUGAGAAAGGACUAGAUAGCGAAGGAACGAUUGAUACGCUAUUACAAACAACCGCAUCGGCCUGCUUAUUGGAACUAAUAUCUUUAGGUCCUUCUUCACUGUCGAGAACCUACGAGAACAAAUUAACUUGGUUGACUACGUUCUUGAGGGUUGUCAAACUAGAGGUUCGAGCUAAUAUGGCUCAUAUAUUAGGCAUCGUAAGCACUAGUGAGCUGGACUGCCAUGAAUCCAGAUGUACUUCCUUGAAACAAUUAAUAUUAGAGCUUAUUACCAUAGCAAAGGAUUUUUCACGUGAGGUCUCAACAGAACGUCAUCACGGAAGCAUUCUCGCUCUCGGAUAUAUAGUUGGACGUAUUAUUUAUAGAUAUCCUCUCGAUUACAAGACUUUGAUUCCCAACAGCCUUCUAUCCGACGCCGUCAACCUAAUUGCUAAAGACUUGCAAUCUCAAAAGACGUCUAUUGUAGCUGGUGCAUGUUUAUCGUUAAGCGAGGCAGGGAGGUACGGUCCACUUCCAAUUGGAGAGCCACAAAUGAUAACUGAAGAUGCCAAAGAUGUAAAAGGUAAAGGAAUAUCCAAGAAAACCGACGACUAUGAAUUUGAUGACAUACUCGAAAGUUUAACCAAUAUUGUUAAGAAAAAUAAGGACAUAAAGCUUCGCGAGACGGCAAUUAUUGCUCUGGGUCACAUUACCCUUGGAUAUAAUAGCAAACCCGAUAAAGUCCUUUCUUUAUUCUAUGACUUGGCCUUAUCUAUUACUAAAGAGGUCGAAAUACAUUUUACCAUUGGGGAAACUAUCGCAAGUAUUGUGGCCGGUUGGCAGAGUCAAGCGAUGGAAAUUUACUUGGAUGUUGCAGAUGCGAAAAUACCCGAAGUUACUAUAGACCAGAACGUGAUAGAGAGCUUUUUCAGUAAGAUUUUCGAUGAAUUGUUACCAUCAGGAAAAGCAGCUGUUAGGAAAGCGAUUUGCAUUUGGAUACUUUGUUUGGUCAAGUUCUGUUCCAAACAUGAUGCUGUCAAGACAAAACUCCCACGAAUACAUUCGAUAUUCUCUGCACUUUUGGCUGAUCGAGAUGGUAACUAUAUGGGUCGAAUUCGAUCUGUUGUCGUAAUUGUUUUUGAACUUGAAACUAAAAUGAAUGUGUUCGUGGACAUAGAGUUCACGCAGGAGGUCGCAUCUAAAGGCAUUGGGUUGGUGUAUGAACUCGGUGAUCAAGCUAUGAGAGAUGAACUAGUCGUGUCUCUUGUUGGAAUGAUAAGUUCUGGAAACAAGCCCAAGGAAACGAUUGAUCGUGACACGCUGCUAUUCGACAACAAUACUCUAGGGCAGGCACCCGAUGGCUCUGUGAUUACCACAUAUCAAUCAAUCCUUUCAUUAGCUUCCGACAUGAAUCAACCAGAGUUGGUCUAUAAAUUCAUGCAACUUGCAAGCCAUAAUGCGGUCUGGCAGACAAGAAGAGGUGCAGCAUUUGGAUUUUCGACAAUCAUUGCGCAAGCAGAGAGAGAAUUGCAACCAUAUUUGAAAGAUCUUGUACCGAGAUUAUAUCGAUUCCAGUUCGAUCCCAACCCAAAGGUCAACGAGGCCAUGACGAGUAUCUGGAGGGCAUUAGUGAAAGAACCAAAGAAAGCUGUCGAGGAGUAUUUCGAUAUUAUUAUAAAAGAUCUGUUACGAGGGCUUGGUGAUAGGAUAUGGAGAACAAGAGAGUCAAGUGCCAACGCGCUUGCCGAUCUUGUGCAAGGUCGUCAGAUUCAACAACUUGAACCAUAUCUACAGGAUUUGUGGACCAUGUGUUUCAGAGCAUUAGAUGAUAUCAAAGAAAGCGUACGGAAAGCAGCAUUUAAAACUUGCAGAGUACUUACCAAUGCGACUGUCAAAUACUGUGACCCUAAGCAAGUGACAGUUGCUGAUGGCGAGAAAGUUAUGAAAAUUGUAAUGCCCUUUUUUCUGGACAAGGGAUUGGUCUCUGAGGCUGAAGAUGUCCGUAAGCACUCUCUUAAUACGAUAUUAAAGAUAUGUGAGGGGGCCGGUGUUCUACUCAAGAAUCAUAUAACAAAUAUUGUUGGGACCUUGCUGGACGCAUUAUCUGGAAUGGAACCGCAGCUGAUGAAUUAUCUGAGUUUCCACAUUGACAAGUAUGACGUAUCGCGUGAGCAGCUUGAAAAUUCACGAUUGUCCGCUACUAAAAUGUCGCCAAUGAUGAAAGGGAUUGAAUUUUGCGUGGAUUACACUGAUGACACUGUCAUGGAAUCCUUGGUUCCUAGACUUCUUCAACUUGUGCGAAAAGGUGUUGGGCUUCCUACAAAGGCUGGAUGUGCACGGCUUUUGGUAACUCUUUGCAUUAAAAGACCGCAAGAGUUUCGCCCGUAUGCUGAUGGCACGAUGAAAGUGUUGAGCGGCGCAAUCGUUGACAAGUCACCGGCUGUUCGCAAGUCUUACGCCGUAGCUGCUGGUUAUGUGGCACAUUUGUCUUCAGACAGUACCUUGAUCAAAUUUAUUGAUCAUCUCAAAAAGUUAUAUUGUGAGAGUGACAGCGAGCCACGUUCGAUCUCGGGUAUUACGGUCCUUGAAAUGUCGAGGCACGCGUCAGAUGAAUUAAAGAGGAUCUAUGUGGAGAUCCUGCCUUUGGCAUAUUUUGGUAUGAGCGACGAAGAUAAGGGAAUUAGCAAAGUCUGGACUGAAGUAUGGGAAGAAAACACUGCCGGUUCAACGGCGGCAAUUAAGCUGUAUCUCAAAGAAAUGGUUGAAUUUCUGAUACCGCUACUCGGAUCACCCUCGUGGGUUUUCAAGAAGCAAGCCGGAAUGACAAUUGGAAAUAUUGCAAAGACGUUAGAAAACGGCUUACGGCCUUAUAUGGACCAGCUUUUGCCUUUGCUUACAAAUGGGUUGUCAGGGAGAACGUGGGCGGGAAAAGAAGCACUCGUUGAAGCCCUGGCAAUGUUGUCAAUAUCUUGUAAACCAUAUUUUGAUAAUGAAGGAGGAGCACAAGAGCUAGAGGCCAUCGGAAAGAUUCUUAUACGCGAGUCAAAGAAAAACGAUCGUCAGUAUAAACGAAAAGCUAUUGAAAAUCUCGGGAAGUUUGGCUCGGCUUUUAGUGACAAGAUUGACUUGUACUCUGAAGCCAAAGAUUUCCUAAUCGCAAUUGCAAAGUCUGAGCAGAAUCCCGAUGAAAUGGCUGAGGAUAAUGCAAACGAUCGUCCUUUAUUUUUCCUAGUCAAGGCAAGUGCUAUCAAGACGUUAGGCCUAGUCUGGCCAAAACAGAAACUUAUCCAAGUAAAACAUUCAAAAGAGCUUGCUACGGUCCUCGCUGACUCUUUACUGCCAGAAAAGAAUGUCUGGAACGUUCGCCUGUGCAUUCUGGAGGCAGUCGAACAGUUUCUGGACAAGCUAAAAUUUGCAAGCACAGGUGAUGGAAUCGAUGACAUGUCAUUUACGUGGAAUGACAUCAUGGAUGAGGAAAUAACAUUGAAAAUGCUUGGUGGUCUUCGAGAAGGUCUCAAAGAUACAAGAUAUGUUGCUAUACGUAGUGCAAGCUAUAACACAUUGAAGAAGUUUAUUGAGAAAAUGCAAGAAACAAACAUUCUAAUAAGCAAUCCGAAUGUGAAAGCCAACAUUCUCGAGACACUUUCUCUGGCCUCGCAAGAUUCUCUCCCAACAAUCGCAGACCCUGCCAGGGAAUUACGCAAUUCUUUGCAGCAGCGUUAA